AUGGUCGGUAUAAACGAAAAAGCAAAUCCGUCAGGGUCCAGUUCUCAAAUAGGGAGCUCGAAGCAAAGUCGAUCGAGCUUAGAUCUUGAUAGUAAUAGCAACUAUCGAACCCCCAACAAUUCAGAUGAUGAAAUUAAGAGCAGCUCAUUAAGUAAAAAUCAGCACAAUUUCGUAACGGGUCCGGGUGCUACAAAAAAAGAUAACAAGAAUGUAAGAUUUACUGGUAGUGCGGAUGGCGCAGAAAGCGAUGCUCCUUCAAGCUUUUCAGAAACAAGCGAGAAUUCCAAGAGUACGGAUGAGCAAGAUGAAGGGGAAGAUAAACCACGCCGCCGUAAGAGGAAGGCUAGAGUAUCCUUCACGCAUUUGAGAAACAACGGUGAGGAUGGGGAUGAUGAGACAUUCAUUAAAAGAAUAAUAAACAAUUUGACCGGUAAUCAAGGAGGUUUGGUCCCUGGACUAGCACCAAUGCCUUCAGAUAAAGAGGGCAAUAAGAACGACUUAGAAAACAAUCUUAAUGAGGAAAUUCCCUUAUCAGAUCUGGCUGAUGCAUCCAAAAUCGUAGAUGUGCACGAGGGAGACAACAAAGAAAAAUUAGAUGCACUCAAGCUAGAAAAUGAUAUAAUAUCGACUUCGGAUGGUGAUACAUUAGGUUCUAGUUCAAAAAACUCAUUCCUAGCACCUGCAGUAGAUCAUUUUGACGAUUAUGCCGAAAACGACUCAUCUGAUAAUGAGGGUUUCAUUCAAGCUUCUACAUACGUACCUCCUCCACCUCAGGUGAAAAGUGGCGUGCUAGGGUCGUUAUUGAAGCUAUAUCAAAAUGACGACUUAAAUGGAAGCUCUAUUUAUUCAGAAUCGCAAGCUCCAACGACAGACGAAGAAUGUUUCGCUUCCGAAGCUGCCGAAAGGAAGAACUUGCCAGCUGCCAAACGCAGCAGAUUGCAAAACUUAAGAGGUAAAGCUAAAAAAAGCAAAAUACCCAGAUUGAAAAAAAGGCUUAAGACUGAAGCAAAAAUUACUGUUCAUAUUGCAGAUCUUCUACAAAGACACCGUUUCAUCCUGCGUAUGUGUAGGGCUCUUAUGAUGUAUGGGGCCCCCACGCAUAGACUAGAAGAAUAUAUGAUUAUGACUUCGAGAGUUCUUGAAAUAGACGGACAGUUCCUGUAUCUUCCGGGCUGUAUGAUUGUCUCCUUCGGCGAUGCCACAACAAGAACUUCUGAAGUUCAGCUGGUUAGAUGUAAUCAGGGCUUGAAUCUUUGGAAACUGCAUCAAGUACACGCCGUUUACAAGAGAGUGGUCCAUGAUACCUUGGGUGCUGAUGAAGGUAACGCCUUACUUGACCAAAUAUUGGCUGACACGAACUUAUAUCCACCUUGGGUAUGUGUCCUCUUAUAUGCAUUUUGUUCUGCUAUGGUCACUCCGUAUGCAUUCGGUGGUGAUUGGGUAAAUCUGGCGAUCUCGUUCUUCAUGGGCCUUUGUGUAGGAUCUUUGCAAUUUAUUCUAUCACAAAAAUCCAACAUGUAUUCGAACGUUUUCGAAAUUUCUGCAUCUAUAGUGGUUAGUUUCUGCGGUAGAGCUUUCGGCUCUAUCCCUCGCUCCAACAUCUGCUUUGGUGCUGUUACACAAGGUUCCUUGGCAUUGAUUCUUCCAGGUUACAUUAUAUUAUGCGGUGCUCUAGAGUUACAAAGUCGGAGUAUGGUUGCCGGCGCAGUGCGUAUGUUUUACGCCAUUAUUUAUUCCUUGUUUUUGGGCUUUGGUAUAACGCUGGGUUCAGCUUUAUUUGGGUGGAUGUAUCACAAUGCUACUAACGAAAUUUCAUGCCCUCAAUUAAUCUCUCCGUGGUUUAGGUUCCUCUUUGUUCCUGCAUUUACUAUAAGUAUCUCCUUAUUAAACCAGGCACACAUAUCACAGUUGCCCGUUAUGGUUUUCAUUUCCUGUAGUGGUUAUGUCGUAACAUAUUGGGCCGGUCAGUACUUUAAAAAUUCCACAGAAUUUACUGCUGCUUUGGCUGCAUUCGUUAUCGGUGUUUUGGGUAACUUAUAUUCUAGAAUUUGGCAAGGUUUAGCAGUGUCGGCUAUGUUGCCUGCAAUCUUCGUUCAAGUGCCGUCUGGUAUUGCUUCACAAAAUUCUCUGCUUUCUGGGUUACAGAAUGCAAAUAAAAUUGUCAACACAAUUGUUAAUGGCAGUGUUACCGCCACAACAAGUACAUCCGAUCCUUCAUCUUCCAUGUCAUUCGGUAUGACAAUGAUUCAAGUUUGCGUCGGUAUUUCUGUAGGAUUAUUUGCCUCCUCACUUUUCGUUUACCCCUUUGGUAAAAAGAAAACCGGUCUCUUCAGUUUAUAG